AUGCUUUACUUUAUUGUUUUCUUUUUGUUUGUGGGAAAUGUUUACGGGCAAACGUGUGCCAAUGCUGGUGCUGGACCGUGCAUCAACGGUGCGUGCACAGUGCCCACACAAACUUGCGUACCAUUCGGCGGGAAUCCCGUUUGUUGCGCCGCUGGAUCAGUCAUCACCGCUACAACGGCCGCAACUUGUCGUGAUCUUCUCAAUCCAUCAACUGGAGUAUCCGAUUGCCCGUCGAGAGCUUAUCUCUGCCAAGAUGGAACUUAUUACAAUCUGAUGACUCAGCAAUGCCCAAGAACGUGUGGACGAUGCAAUGGUGUUGUUGUCACAACGGCUUCUUCGGUCACUUGCCGUGAUCUUCUCAAUCCAUCAACUGGAGUCUCCGAUUGUCCGUCAAGAGCUUAUCUCUGCCAAGAUUCAACUUAUUACAAUGUGAUGACCACGCAAUGCCCAAGAACUUGUGGACGAUGCUCGAUCUCAUCUGGAUCUACAGCAACUUGUGUCGAUCAAAUCAAUCCAUCAACGGGUUUCUCUGAUUGUCCAUCACGAACCUCAUUGUGCAACAAUGCAAAUUAUGCAACUUUAAUGAGACAACAAUGCCCACGAUCAUGCGGUUUCUGCAGUGGAAAA